AUGAGAGGCACCCUUAUUCUCAUUGAGGGCCUAGACCGCUCUGGAAAACUGACCCAGGCGGAGAUUCUAGCGAAGAAGCUUGAUGCUGAUCUCGUCAAGUUCCCCGACAGACUGACGCCAAUUGGUCAGAUCAUCAACAGAUACCUCACCGACAAGACCUUCGACUUGCCAGAUCAGUCGGCACAUCUUCUCUUUUCGGCCAACAGAUGGGAACUUGCCAAACUGCUUGAAGAGAAGCUUCUAUCGGGAAAGAGUAUCGUCAUGGAUAGAUACAUCUACUCCGGUAUAGCGUACUCCUUAGCCAAGAAGGGUGCUGAAAUGGACAGCUACGACUGGCUCUACGGCCCGGAUAGAGGCCUUCCAAAGCCUGACCUCACAUUCUUCCUCACGAUAAGCUUGGAGGAGCUCAGCAGCAGAAAGGGUUAUGGGAGGAACAAGAAGGUCAAGGAGUGUUUCUUGAAUAUCUUGGAUCUGACAGAUCCUGCCAUUGCUAUCGUUGACGUUCAAGGACUUCAGAUUGAGCCGGUAACAGCGAAGCUUUGGUCUGAGGUGGAAAGCCGGGCUCUUCACCAGCCAAUCGAUAGAGAAAUUUCUCAUUUUUCAUGA